AAAAAACGCGGAGAGGGGCUCGGAUCGUGCAUUGAUCCGAAUACAGGGGACGGGAGGGGUCGAUCAUGGGGAACGAAGCGAGCCUGGAAGGAGGCGAAGGGCCGCCGUCUGGACUACCAGAGGGGCUGGCACCUGACGGGAAGGGCGGCUUCGUCCGGGUCCCCGAAGGGACUCCGGUCAACCUGAGUGAACUCAGCGAGGAGGAGAGGAGGCAGCUCGCCGCGGCGAUGUCAAGGGCGCAAGGCAGGCAGCCCGGGGGCGCAGCAGCUGCACGAAGACCGUCAGAAUCUGAUGCCCAGCAGCGUUCCCAGCAGGUAGGGGCCUCCAGGGGCCCUACAGGUCUCAGUAAGAGUCGCACUGUAGACGCCUUCAACCAAGGUCCACCUGGCAGGCCCACACCGGGCCGCAGCCCCUCAUCCCUCAGCCUUUUUGAAUCCAGAUUCCGGCAGGAGCCAAAAGACCCAGAGACCAAGUCAUCCGGCAUGUUUGGCUCCAGCUUUCUCAGCGGGGCCAACCCGCUCAAUGCCGUGUCAUCUAUGACUUCUUCUGUCUCCUCCUCCAUAUCCUCCAUGGGCGAUUCUGUCAACAUGCCCAAGUUUGGACUGUUUGGGGACGAGGAGGAGGAAGAUGCAUCUGCAACGCCAGGAAAGCCACCAGGCAAGGGCCCUCAGCAAGGGCCAGGUCCAAAGGGACCACAACAGGGAGGACCUCAGAAGCAGGGUCAGGGCCCUCCUGGACAGGGGCCAAAGCCAGGGCAAGGGCCGCCUGGGCAGGGACCCAAGCAAGGUCAGGGACCACCAGGCCAGGGGCCCAAAUCAGGCCAGGGUCCGCCUGGCCAAGGACCCCCUGGGCAGGCCCCAAGGCAAGGCCAGGGACCAACAGGCCAAGGACCCCCAGGGCAACAGGCCCCCAAACCCGGUCAAGGACCACCAGGUCAAGGCACCAAACAGGGUGUUCCUCCCCAGCAAAAAGGUGGAGCCCCUCAACAAGGACCUGGGAAGCCUGGACCUAAACAGCAAGGACCACCAGGUCCUGGGGCUCAUCCUGGAGAGCCAGCCAAGAGCGGAGGGCCUCCUGGCCAGCAGGGGGCUGGAAAGCCCGGAGGUGGACUAUGUCCACUGUGUAAAACCACCCAGCUUAACACUGGAUCUAAGGACCCGCCUAAUUACAAUAACUGCACUGAGUGUAAGAACCAGGUCUGCAGCCUCUGUGGAUUCAGCCCCCCAGACUCAGCGGGUAAAGAGUGGCUGUGUCUGAACUGCCAGAUGCAGCGAGCAAUGGGAGGUAUGGAUCCCCCUGGCAUGACAAAACCCAAACAAGGCUCAGCCCCGCCCUCGCCCCAGAGACAGGCACCUGGAAAGCCUGGCAAGCUGCUGAUCAAGCAGCAGAGUACCACAGGUGACCAAGGGUUAACGCCGCCAACCACACCCAGGCAGAAAUCCCCAGGUCCUACCUCUCCUGGCCCGCUUUCCCCAGGCUCCUCAGUGGGCGGAUCCCCCAAAAUUGACCCCAAGACAGGUCGCCCUAUUCAGCAAAGGUCCACUCCCCAGCAGUCUCCAGCUAAAGCUAAACAGGAGUCCAGCUUCUUUGGGGGGUUCGGAGGUAUCAGUCUGGGAGGCUUAACAGACUCUGCCAAACCUCCUGCAGCUGCUUCUCAAGCUUCCGAGUCCGUUACAGGGAAACUGUUCGGUGGGUUUGGGGGUUUGAUGGAUUCAGCGAAGCCUCAGACGCAGGCCGCGCCAAAGCAGGAGGAGUCAGUGGCUGGGAAGUUGUUUGGAGGUUUUGGAGGGUUGACAGAAUCAGCAAAACCUCCCGCUGCUGCUUCUCAGAUGUUCAGCUUUGGAUCGUCGCUCUUGAGCUCGGCCACCAAUAUUGUCACUGGAGAGGAUGAUAAGGCAGCAGAUUCUCCACCUGGGUCACCACCAGAUUCCCCCGCUGACUCUGGACCAGGUUCCCCUGCGGAUUCUGGCCCUGGCUCACCACCUGACUCCCCCUUCUCUCCUCCUGGGUCUCCUCCUGAUUCGGACUCUGCUCCUGACACCCCACCUGCUAGGUCCAAGAAACCACCCAGGACCCUUUCUGUCGAGCAGGAAGAGAAGGCUCCAGCAGCCAAACCUGCACCUGCCCCAGCCUCAACAACCAAGGAAAGCUGCCCUCUCUGUAAUGUGGAGCUGAACGUUGGAUCAGCAGACACGCCCAACUACAGCCUUUGCACUGAGUGCAAGAAGAAAGUGUGCAAUCUGUGUGGAUUUAAUCCUACUCCCCAUUUAGGAGAGAAAGAAUGGCUUUGCCUCAACUGUCAGACCCAAAGAGCCAUGUCAGGCCAGCUGGGAGACACACCCCCUUCAGCUAUGGCUUCCCCAAAGAAGCAACCACCUACUCCCGCUCCCUCCUCCACCCCUACCCCUGCUGCUGUAGAUAGCAAACCUGUAGUAGAAGCAGCAGAUCCAACCCCACCAGCUUCUGAGACCAAGUUGAAAACAGUGGAGACCUUGAAAGAGCCUGGGGAGAAAGAUAUAAGCAGCCCCACAAGCCCAUCAGACCUAGCAAAGCUGGAAAGCACAGUUCUUCCCAUUCUCGAGGCCCAGGCCAACACGCAAUCAAAGGAUGAGGAGAAACUAACAGACACUCUAAAGACCAGACGUAAAUUAGAGGUGCUUGCGCUCUCACCUGAAUCACCUAGCUCAGAAGAUGACAGAGAUCUUUCUGAGAAGAAUACCAAAGUCACCACCAAGAAAAAGCUCCUUGUGCCCAUGGAUGUCAGAGCAGAUUCCCUGGAUGAUAGUAGUGAAAGUUUUGGAAAAGAAAGCCCAAUGUCUGGGGAUGAUGAGGAAUUUAUCCGAAAACAGAUAAUGGAAAUGAGUGAGAAUGAGGAUGCUUCCCCAUCUGAUGAAGAAAAUCUAAUCCGGCGAAAGAUCAGAGAGGAUGAAAAGAAGCAAAUGGAACAGGUGAAAACAGAGAAUGUAGAGAGGAGCACAUCAGGAAAAACCAGGCGACUUACCAAGAAAAGCACUAUAAGUCCAGACGACGAAGACGACAAGCAACUCCAGGGCUCAUUGGAUAAACCUGAUAUAGACAAAGAGCGACCAGAACUAAAAGAAGAGUGUCAGAGUGGUACUGCAGUUCGCAAAUUUCAAACUAUGGAGCUGAAUUCGACCAGCAGCCCUAUUCGUAUACCUAAUGAUGAUUUAGAGCCUGAAAUGGAAAGCCUUACAGAUUCUCCAGAUGAUCGGUCUAGAGGUGAAGGGUCAUCCAGUCUACAUGCAUCUAGCUUUACUCCUGGGACAUCCCCAACAUCCCUCUCAUCGCUGGAUGAAGACAGUGACAGUAGUAGUCCCAGCAAUAUCCGUUCUGGUGAGGGUAAACAACAUAGGAAAGCCAAACACAGACAACCUGGUCAAAUGCUGCCAACUAUUGAAGACUCUUCUGAAGAAGAAGAAUUACGGGAAGAAGAGGAGCUCCUUAGGGAGCAAGAAAAACAGAAGGGCUCAGGGAAAAAAUCCAAGAAAGACAAAGAAGAGAUUCGAGCCCAGAGGAGGCGAGAGCGUCCAAAGACACCACCAAGCAACCUGUCCCCCAUUGAAGAUGCCUCACCAACUGAGGAGCUGAGGCAAGAAGCUGAAAUGGAGGAGAUUCGACGAUCAUCCUGCUCUGAUUUCUCUCCCAGUAUUGAAUCUGACCCUGAAGGGUUUGAAAUCCAUGCCGCAAAGAUAGCAGCAGUUCAGAAAACGUAUCAACUGCCUACAUCAGUAUCUCUUCACUCACCAACAGAUGAUCAAAAUACUGAUAAUCAACCGAAAAAAACUCUAAAAACUGCUGAUGAGACUUAUGAGGAAAUAAUGCUGAGGGCUACUUCUCCAACAAUUGACAAAGGUGAAAUUCAACCGGGAAAAGAGUCCCUUUAUGGAGGCAUGCUCAUUGAAGACUAUGCCUAUGCAUCUCUUAUUGACAAUUCAACGGUUGAUCUGGGGGAUCCAGAGAAGAUUGUUGUUCCUGCUCAGCCCAAAAAGCUGAGAUCACCAGAUGAAGUUUAUGAAGACAUGAUAAAGAAGAGGAAAGAAUUCAUGAAGCUAGAGCAGGAAUAUCAAAACAUGCAUCCAAAAACCCCCAAAAUUGUGUUGCAACCGGCUGAGAAUACGUUCUCCAAAAGCAGUACAGUAACAUUAGGCAAAGAUGGGAAGCCAUUGCUGGAUGCUGAAACUGCCUAUGAAGAGCUAAUGAAAAGAGUGCUGACUCCUGGAACAAGUCCAACACAGCAGGAGCCAGAAGUGGAAGCCUCUCCAUCUAGAAGGGCACUCCACCCCAUCCCAGACUUAAAGGUGACACAGUGCUCUUCAGGAGAGUUGUCUUCUGAUGAAGAGAGUAUAAGCAAAAAGGAAGAGGAGAAAACUGCAGCAUCAGACAAGACAUCAGCUAUGGAAACUGAACCUGUGACAGUGUUUUCUGAGUCUCCUCAAUCAUCCACAUCAGAUCAUCAACCUCACACCACAAUCGCAGCAUCCCAGGAUGAUGUUGUGGACUUAUCAAAUGCACUCCCAAGAACAUCAGCCCAUACGAUAACCAGUGUAUCACCCUUGCCCACAGUACCACAGUACACACACAGUAUUUCCAGCAUAGUGUCAACUGCCCCACCAGUGCCCCCCAAGCCAAGCGUCCCGCGUAGGGCUAAUUCUCAGGAAAAAGCAGAAGUACCUGUUGCACCCCCACUGCCUCCUCCCACCCCACCUAAACCUACUGUUUUUCCCAGGAAACCUCCCGUUCCACUUCCACCUCAGGCAUCAGCAACUCCAGUUAGACCAGAGACAGUGGCUAUGACCGCAGCCCAAGGACCAUCUACAAGACAAAUAGUCACACCAGUGUACAAACCUCAUGUUCCCCCUCCUGUUCCUCCAAAGCCAUCUAUUCCUGCUGGGAUUGGGGAUAGCAGACCAGGACAUGGUGUCAAACCACCAAUUGCACCAAAGCCUGGCUCACAGCCUUCUUCACCUGCCCAUGCCCCACAUCCAUCAAGACCUACUGUACUUCCCACAGGUCCUACUGACAUAGCCUUGAAUCUGAGCCCUUCUUCUGAGAGCAAGUCGUUUCAACCUUCACCAAAGUCUCCUUCUUCUCCAAGAUAUGCCAACAAUCUUCGUGACACAUAUGUGGUCAUUACACUGCCAUCUCAGCCAAGCUCUCCGGUAGACAGUGUCUCAACUCAAGCUCCCUCUAGCCCUGGCCCAGCAUCUCCUUCACGACAAGCUCAGCCCCAAAGUUAUUACCAACCACAGCCUCAACCUCAAUCAUAUCCACAGCAGCAUCCACAACCAACCCUUCCUCAAACAACCAGGGUGCCUCUGGCAUACACUCGUGUCACAGAAUCCAUUGAAAGUCAAGAGAUUUGUGGCCCUGAAAAACAUGUAUCUAGUUCUUGUCACAUAAUUGAGGCUAUAUCUGCCUCAGCACAGCCACCCGUGGUUUUGCCUAAUCUCAUCUCUCAAGUGGUCACUACAGAAGUCCAAAGGACCACAGUCUCCGUUGUUCAUGAAAGGACACCACCACCAGUGCCAGCUCCAAGGGCAAAUGGUGUCCCAAUCUCGAUGGAGAAACCUAAGCCUCAAUUGCCAGCACAGAAUGGACAGGCCCUCCAACUUUCUGAGGUGGUAGAUCUUAGGACUAUGAAGGUGGACCCAGAGUCAGACAUGAAUGGUGUGGAUCUGUCUGCUGGCCAAGAUUCAAGGCGUCAGUCUUUUGCAGCUGAUGUCAGUCGUCAGAACAGUGCAGUGCAGUCACCUGUAGUAAACCUUAGUGCUGAAUCAUCCACUGUAUCUAUAGUGACUGAUAGCAUCACCAUUGUGACCUGUGCUGCCACAAUCCAGCAAUGUGACAAUGUAGACACCUCUCAAGCAUCUUCAGUGCCCCUUCAGCUAACAAAAAACAAAGUGUUUGAGCCUGUGUCUCAAAUUGUAUAUAGGCCAAUUGAUUCUCAGCCCUCCACUCAUGCUGGUACAGAGAUCCCUAUUAACCUCUCAGUUGGAAGCACAGGUGGAGGGACUUAUCAGACCACCCCUGUCACUAUUGCACCCACUUCUAUUGCAAGUUGUGUUGCCAAUGGAUUGAAUACAGGUACAGCCACAGUGGCAGGAGCUGUUGACCUUAGCACAACGAAACCAUUCAACACUGUUGUGUCAGUUGAUUGUGCUUCUUCAGAAGUGGCAACGGCUGUAAUCACAGAUGAUGAUGGCAAACCAGUGGAUCUGACUGCAGGAAAAAGAGCCGUAUGCUGUGAUGUUGUGUACAAGCUCCCAUUUGCAGGAAGCUGCACUACUCAGCAACCUACCACACCCCUGCCUGAAGACCGUUUUGGAUAUCGUGAUGACCAUUACCAGUAUGACCGAUCACCUUAUGGCAUGAGAGGGUUUGGUGGAAUUAAACCAUCGAUGUCAGACACUAACCUAGCAGAAGCUGGCCUGUUCUUUUACAAGAGUAAGAACAGCUAUAAUUUCAGUGGCACCACAGAGGGUGCAGUAGAUCUUACCUCUGCAAAGAUUUCUGAUGCAGGUGAAGCUGUUGACUACUCCAAGAAAGGGACUUACGCAGGAAUGACAAUUCCACCCUAUUCCCAAGCCAGAGUCACAAGUGCUGUUGGUACACUCUUUGGUACAAGCAGUGUCUUGAGGUCAUCAAAUGGGGUGGUCUAUUCCUCUGUUGCAGCACCAAUACCGUCUACAUAUGCCAUUACCACCCAACCUGGGUCCAUCUUUAGUACAACAUACAACACCCUGUCAGGUAUGCAUACCAGCGACACCAUGCCUUCCCUCUCUAACCUCCAGAACUUGCCUCUUACACGAUCCCACAGUUUCCUGUCCACCAUCUCUACUGCUGCAACAGAAGACCAAGGUGAUGCCCCACUCAAUCUGGAGAUCUCUAGAGGGGGUACUACUGCUGCCCAUUCUGUCACUACGGCAACAACCUCUUUAUCCCUUGACACCUACACUGAUGCAUCCCUGGAGGCCAUAGCUGCUUCUCUUGAGGCUCUGUCUUCACCCAUGGUUCCUGGGGAUGGCCAGUAUCAGGCAGAGCGUGAGAGACUAGAGAUGGAGAAACUCAAGCAACAGCGCCUGGCUGAGGAAUUAGAGUGGGAGCGCCAGGAGAUUCAGCGGUUCCGUGAGCAAGAACAGUUCCUGGUACAAAAGGAACUGGAAGAGCUCCAGGCCAUGAAGCAGCACAUCCUGACCCAACAAGAAGAGGAAAGACAGGCUCACCUUAUGAUGCAGAAAGAAACCUAUGCCCAACAACAGCAGCAGCUUGAGCAAAUUCAGAGACUCCAAGAACAACUGCGCCUUCAGCUGGAAGAGCAAAAGCUUCGUCAGAUGUACCCAGGUGGGGACAUACCAGGACAUGGCUUGCAGGAAGCAAUUGUCUUAGGACCCGAUGGCACAGUGCUGGCCCGAAAGAUCACUGAUAGUGGGUGUCAGACAGAUGAAGAGGAUGAGGCAGUCAGCAAAGCUUACACAGCAGGGAGAAAAAAGCGAAGUGCUAAAAAGAGUGUUGACAGUUGUGUGCAGACUGAUGAUGAGGAUCAAGAGGAAUGGGAGGCUCAGACCAGAAGCCGUCAAAGCAGGCCACGCACUGCCAGGGGUGAUAGGGGUGGGCAGUCAGAGAUGUCUCUUCAAGCCCACACUGAGAUUUCUAUACAAACCGAUACAGAGGGGAACAUAAGAAUGGACACCAGGAUGGAGCUGUCUGACUCUGAAAGGACCUCACCAAAGAAACGACCUACCCCCUUAGAAAUAGGCCAGUCUCCUAACCUCAAAGUUGAUUCUUCUACACUUCAAGCCCCUCCUAAAUCUCCCAAAGUGCUCUAUUCCCCCAUUUCCCCCUGUAUAUCCCCUAGCAAAUCCCUUGAAUUUGUGUCCUAUGAGAAAUCACUGGGUGAUACAAGCCCACAAAAGCUAAGAGGAAGUGAAGAUAUUUCAAAAGGCUCCCCAGCAAGUCCCAGGGGACCAAAAGCCAUGCAGAGAUCCAUGUCUGACCCUAAGCCCAUGAGUCCAACAGGAGAAGAAAGGGCGACAUCUGGCACCCAGUAUGGUGAUAGUUAUACUGCGAAAGGCUCAGGUGGAACACCAACAGGAACUCAAAAGAAAGUGAAGAGGACUCUCCCCAAUCCACCAUCAGAGGAUGAGUCAACAACCACUGGCCAAACAGCAUAUAGCACUGGUUCUGCCCGUAGAAGAAUGUGCCGCAAUUCCAACAUGGCACGUGCCAAGAUCCUCCAAGACAUUGAUCGCGAGCUAGACCUGGUGGAGCGUGAGUCUUCCAAGCUCCGCAAAAGACAAGCAGAGCUCGAUGAGGAGGAGAAAGAGAUUGAUGCCAAGCUUAGGUACUUGGAGAUGGGAAUUAAUCGUAGAAAAGAUGUGCUACUGAAGGAGAGAGAGAAAAGGGAAAGGGCCUACUUACAGAGUGUUGCCGAGGACAGAGACUACAUGUCAGACAGUGAGGUUAGUAACAUCCGAGAGACUAGAGGUGGGCGUGGAGGUGGUGAAGAUGAGGAGAUUGAAGAUCAUGGUCUUGAGCGUCCCAGGACAGCUCCUCAGUCAGAAUUGGAUGACUUUGUCCCACCUCAAACCAAGCAUGAGUAUGGAAAAUACUCCCAGUACCAAUACCCUCAAAGCCAAUACCAACAGUCUCUUUACCAGACUCCCCAGUCCUAUCAAUCUCAUUCUAUCUACUCCUCUGUGCCCUCGCUCACUAGCUCCCAGCAGCAGAGUUACCAUCAAAUGCUCUUGUUGCAGCAAAAAGCUGCCAGACAAGCAGCUCUCCUGUCAGAGCUGGACGCAACUAAAUAUGAAGUCAUUAGCCGCCAGCCUGAUCCUACAUCAUCAGCUUACCUGGGAGUCAAGUACGACAAAUAUGGCAACCACCUUGACCUCAGAGCCUUGGAUGUGGGAAGUAUGGCACGUAGCCCCAUGUCAGCUGUAUCUGAUCCUUAUUACACAGAUGUAGAUCACCAUACACCUCGGAGUUACAUGUUGCUGGAAGAUGCUGCAGAAUUGGCUAAGAGCUCCACAGGUCUGUCUUCAUCUUAUAGUCUGGCUGAGAGGGAGUUGGCUAAAGCAGAGAAGCUGCUGCGCAGAAGUGCUGCAGAUCUGGGGUCUACUGACUAUCUGGGUUCCACUUCUAGGCUCCAUACAUUUGGAAAGACACCUGAUGAAGAGGAUACAAUGGAGGAACCCUAUGAACUGAAACUCUUGAAGCAGCAGCUCAAGCAAGAGUUUAGGAGAAGUACGGGUGGGACAGAAAGCUUAGAACAACUGACAGGUCUCUCCCAGCACUACUAUACCCCAAGCUCUGGCAUCUCUAGUUACUCCCAAAGACACUAUCCGAAGACAGAUAAAUACAGCAUCAGUCGUCUUACUCUAGAGAAGCAGGCAGCUAAACAACUCCCAGCAUCCAUGUUGUACCAAAAACAUAAGGCUCCAUUGUUAGAUCCUAAGAUAUCCUCCAAGUAUACCUCUAUUGCAGACAACAGAGGUUUGGAGACAGACUAUACCAGCUAUCUUGGGUCUAGCAGUGCAUCCCCAAGAUCCAGCCGGCUUUCGCAGGAUGAGAUUACCUUCGGCCUUCGUAAGAAUAUUGCAGAGCAGCAAAAAUACCUGGGGUCCACCUUAGGUGCCAACUUGGCUGGGUCACUAAACUUGGGCCAGAGCUUAGGUUUGGACUCUGCCUAUCCUAGUGGUAGUCGCUCAAGACCCUCAUCCAGGCCCACAUCUUGCUAUGGCCUGGACUUGUCUAUCAAAAGAGACCCUUCCAGCUCUUCACUGAGGCUUAAAGGAGACGGUGAAGCAUCUGGAGAUGCACCAAGCUAUCAAACCCCCUCUGGUCGCACCAAACCCACCAGCCUUCCCAUUGUGCAAAGUGGACGUGGCAGAAUACCCAUAGUGGCCCAGAACUCAGAGGAAGAGAGUCCAUUGAGCCCUGUUGGACAGCCUAUGGGCAUGGCCCGUGCAUCAGCGGGUCCUUUACCGCCCAUCUCAGCUGAUUCAAGGGACCAGUUUGGUUCCUGCCUGUCCUUGCAGGACUCCCAGCAGCAGCAACAUAUCCGGGAGGAGCCAACCAGGGGUAGGGGUUAUGUGCUGCUGGAUGACCUUCAGGGCACCAUGUCAGAUAGUGAAGCCCUAAGCGAUUCCCUGAUGGCUUUGAACAGAGACGAUGCAACCAAUGCCUACCACCUUAGACGAGAAGAGACAGACUGGUUUGACAAACCUAGAGACGGACGGUCAGAGAACGGACAAGAGAAGAGACAGGGAAAAGGCCCGUACUACCCCUUCCCUCACCUCAGGGUCAAACUGCAGAGGGAUCCCAAAGACCGCAGUGUCUCAGGAAAUGGUCUGGGUAUCCGUGUGGUCGGAGGGAAAGAGGUCCCUGGCUCUAAUGGAGACAUUGGAGCCUAUGUUGCCAAAGUCCUACCUGGUGGAGCCGCAGAACAAACAGGAAAGGUUCUUGAAGGAAUGCAAGUCCUGGAGUGGAAUGGUGUUCUUCUGACGGGGAAAACCUAUGAAGAGGUACAGGGGCUCGUCGGACAGCCGUGUAAUGAGGCAGAAGUGUGUGUCAGACUUGAUCUCAACAUGCUGGCUGAGUCUGAUGGGUCUGACCACCUGGAUUUCCAGGAGCACAGCAAAGGUGACAGACCUCCCAGGUCUCCAGGUGUUGACCCCAAGCAACUGGCGGCUGAGCUGCAAAAGGUGUCCCAGCAACAGGCUCCCACCUCCACCUCUUCCUCCGGCCUGCCCACCACCACCUCAGCGACCUCCAGCCCUGGUCAGCCAGGGUCACCAUCCGUCAGCAAGAAACGCCACAGCAGCAAGACUGCAGAGGGAACGAAGACCCAGUCCCACCUCAUCUCUGGAGAGAUACAGCUUCAAAUCCACUACGACAAGCAGCUUGGCAACUUGAUCGUUCACGUCCUGCAGGCCAGAAACCUUGUCCCGCGGGACAACAAUGGCUAUUCUGACCCAUUUGUUAAAGUGUAUCUCCUACCAGGGAGAGGUCAGGUCAUGGUUGUCCAGAAUGCCAGUGCUGAAAACAAGAGGAGGUCCAAACACGCAGGCAAGAGUCUCAACCCUGAGUGGAACCAGACUGUCAUCUAUAAAAACAUCCUCCUGGAGCAAUUAAGGAAGAAGACCCUGGAAGUGAGCGUGUGGGACUACGACAAGUGCUCCUCUAAUGAUUUCUUAGGAGAGGUCCUUAUAGACCUCUCCAACACAGCCCAGCUGGACAACGUCCCGCGGUGGCUCCCCCUGAAGGAGCAGAGCGAGGGUGACCACCACCGGCGCUCCCAUUCAGGUCAAGGCAGACACAGUACUUCUAAACCCUCCUCACAGCACUCCUCCCCUAAAACCACUGGCUCCUCACACGACAAUCAGGAUUCCCCUAAAUCAUCUGUUAUCAAGAGCCGAAGCCAUGGGAUCUUUCCAGAUCCGGCCAAGGACACGCAGGUGCCCACUAUCGAGAAAUCUCACAGUAGCCCUGGCACAUCGAAGCCUUCCCCGUCCGAGGGCCAGAGCCAAAGCCACAGCCACGGACACAGCCAACACUCUCGCUCGCACGGCGCUUCACGCUCCAGCAAAAGCGCUGCACGGCAACACCAUCAGGACAGCAGCACUGGAAGUGGCAGAGGCGCUGCCAUAGCAACGGGCGAUGCCCAACAGCAGUCACAGCAGCAGCCGCCGCAACGCCUCCAACCAACUCGGUCGAGCUACAGAUCCAGUGAUGCCCCGGUCACAGCAGCCUCGUUGGACAGCGGCCUGAGUGGCAGCGCAUACAGCCUACUGGACGAAGAAGGAGAGACAAACGAGGUGGACAGUGCCAUCUUCCAGGUGCCCCGAAUUGGAAAGAUCCCAAACGGCACGGACGUGAUGAAAUCAUCAAUGGGACACGGUGACAUUGAAGGUAAGUCCCAGGUAAUGGGGGAGAUAAAGAUUGCUCUGAAGAAGGAAAUUAAGACGGAGGGUGAGCACCUGGUCCUUGAGAUUCUUCAGUGUCGCAACAUCACAUACAAGUUCAAGACUCCAGACCACCUGCCUGAUCUUUAUGUGAAGCUCUAUGUGGUGAACAUCGCCACCCAGAAGAGGAUCAUCAAAAAGAAAACCAGAGUGUGUCGUCAUGACCGGGAGCCAUCUUUUAAUGAAACCUUCCGCUUCUGUAUGAACCCCACCGGACACUCUCUACAGCUGUUCCUGGUGUCCAAUGGUGGCAAGUUUGUAAAGAAGACCCUGAUUGGGGAGGCCUACGUGUGGCUGGACAAAGUCGACCUUCGCAAGCGAGUGGUGAGCUGGCACAAGCUGCUCGCCAGCACCGCCCAGAUCCACUCAUAGAAGGAACCUCAAUCUAAAAACCUGAGAGGGCAUGAAGAGGUGUCUGGCAUCUGGUGAUGCUUAGGAUAAACAUCUGUUACUAAUCCACUCUUGCUGGGUGGGAGAAAGGGUGGUUUGGGUAUGGGAGGGGGCAAAAUAUCUCUUUCUUCAAUCUUUGUUUCAGGGCUCAGAUAGCUUGAGUUUUGGAAGAUGCUUUCGAUCGUGUCAUGCAGGAAGUCUGGAGGACGUAGUGUUUACAGGGAAUGAACACAAGUUUACAGGACAUACAGUGUACAGUGGUGUAGGCAGGGCUGAGGAGUUCAGAGGUCAAGCGCGGAAUCAACCAGGUAUUACACACUCUAAUUCACAACACACACACGCACACAAUUAUUUACGAUACCUUUGCACACAGUCAUCCAUGCAGAAGAGAAAUUUUAAUUCUACAGGGAAUGGACACACUUGUAGAUUUAUUUAGAUGUUUUAUCCAUGAAAGAUUUUCCUCAUUGCUUUAUUAUGAUCGCAGAGUUUUCUUGAUUUACAAAGCAUUUUAGGAACGAAAUAUUGAAGACUCCUCUACGGAGAUCUCUUAUUUAUUUUUAUAUAUUAGCGUAGAGUUCUAUCAUUUGUUUUCUCCUCAAUUAUUUAAGUACUUAAAAAUCUAUCCUGUGAAGGAAGCAUAGUAUAUUUUAUAACACACUACCUACCUAGCAUUCCAGUUCAAGAGAAGAAGAAAAAACCUUAGCAAGCAUGACUUCAUUCACUUUGGACCCCAUAUUUUCUCUUCAUACGUGUAAACUAAGUUCUAUCAAAUGAUGAUUAUUGUUUGAUAAAGGAUCUAUAUUGAUAUAUAUCAAAUUGGACACUAUAUAUUGUGUGCAUGAGUCUAUCUAUUUGGUAUGCAGUGCCACAUGUUCUGCACACACAAAAAAAAAUCACCAAUCAAGGUUCACUUUGUAUAUAGUGAAGUGUCAUAGCUGGAAAUUAAUUAUAACAUAUAUAGAUAGAUAUAUAGAUAUCUUUAUCACAGACAAUCAAGUCUUGAUGAUUGUGGUAUAGAGGUUUUAUUUAUCCAUGAUGCCCCUUAGAAUGUGAUACAUUUACCAUAAGAGAUUUAAGUAUUUUUUCUUUUUUUUCUUUGUGAGAUCCAAGCACAUUAAGAGUCUUACAUCAGUCCUGCUUUCGUUCAUAGGAGCAGUCAACUCAACAAUGCACGCUUUUGUGGUAUUUUGCACUUUUUCUGCUUAGAAUGUAAAACUGACAUCAUCAUCCCGCUAAACACGAGAUAGCCAGAGAUUUUGUUUUCUCCAAUGGGGAGGAAGUAGAGAGGUAAAGCAAAGCGAUGACAAUAUCAGGAGAUAUUGUAGCGAACAAAAGACAAACGAUACCAUUCCAAGAUACGACAAUGCUAUAACAGUAGCAUGUUGAUGUUUCGUCCCAGCUUUUUUGUCAUAAGUGUGUUGUCUUGAUAUUAACGCUUACACUUCAAUGUUGUGUCUUUAUAAAUCUACUAUGCCCAUUAAGUCUUGAGAAAGGUCAUGCUGUGUGUGUGUGUACUGGGGUCAAGAGGCAGGGCAGCGUGUUCAUUCAGCAUUCAGUCAAACUUAGCAGUGAAACUACACUUACUAUCUGUGGGAUUUCUAUGCAACAUCUACUGUAUAAAGGUGGUAACUGGAUCUUGACUCACCAGAAAUGUGAUACUUUGUGGAAAGGGAAACAUAUAUUUAUUUUUCUUUUGCACUGCUGUGUUUUCAUGUCCUCCAUGAAAUGGUUAUUGCUUUAAUGUGAUUUGUAUUUAAUUUAACAUGUUAUUUUGUAUUGCUAUAUGAAUCUUUAUUUAUUGCCUGUGAAACUAUUUCAUAUGUUGUAUUAUAUUUGUUUACAGUACAUAUCAGUUGUACAUAAAAAAAAGUUGAAAAUUUUGUUUUUAUACACUAUAGUGCUUGUUUACAAGGUUUAGAAGGCCUGAAACUCAGAGAACCAACGUUUUUUGCCCUUGUGCACGAACACACACUCACAUACGGAAAUUAACAUGCAUAGAUCCCGAAUUUCACGUAGUUAAGAACCAAGGUAAGAAAAAAUAGCUUUCCUAUUCAGAUUCACAUCUUUUUAUGCACUCCCCCUUUGAAUAGUUUCCUUUUCCAGUAUGUGUAUGAGAAAUGACCAAAAAAGACAACAUUGUAAUCAAUGGACAUUAUACCUGAAAUGAUAGUAGUUUUAAGGUCAGUGUGUGUUUUUUGUUUUGCCUUAUUUUUAUACCCAUGUGCUUGUGUGUGUAGCAUCUUCAUACCAAGUCCAUGCAUGUCAUUGGCUAUAAUGCAUAUCUCUUCUUUUAAGUGUUGUCUGUCUAAAAAUAUCGACUUUGAAAUCUCUCGUAACACACAAGGAAUUACACACGCUCACACACACACACACACACACACACACACACAGAUGCCAUCUCUCUAUUUCCAACCUUGUAAAUACAUAGCUUUUUAUACUGGGGUUUGGGGAGCAAUAGGUCUUUUAGCAGACAAAAAAAGGUGUGUGAUCCUAGAAGUAAAAGAAAGUUGUUUUUCUCUCGAUCAAUGUACAGUGGAUAGAAGGGACCUUAUGUCUGUCUAUAGGGACCCAGAUUUACCCAACCCUUUACACCAAACACUAAAGGUUUACCAGAGUCUAACUACACAGAAGUCUAUCUUAACAACUCAAGCAGUUGCAGGAGAAUUUAAAUGUGCUCACACUGGAUGUUGCAUGUUUCGUUGGUGGUUCAUACUAUUUUUGUGUCCAGAUAUUAUUAAAGAAAAAAAAAGAAUGAGGUAGAGAAAGAUAUAGGACAAAAUGUUAUAGAGGGGGAAAUUAUGAAGAAAACCUAUUAAAAUUAUUGAUGAUGUAUGCUGACUGUACAAAGAUUAUGCUUGUAAAACCAGUCUGGUUUUUCACUUGUAAGUAAACUGAAAAAAAAUCUACUGUCAUGGUUUUGUGAUUGUAUACAGGAGGUAUUGAUAAAUUAUGCAAAUUGUGCUGUAAAAAUGGCUGUUGCCCCAUGUCUAAAUAUUAAA